AUGAGGUCUUCGCGAGUCUCGCGGGACACUGCGCGUCUUUUCGACCAGGCUGCUGUCGCCAGCGCCACGCCUCGCCGCACGACGCGCUCGCUGUCGCGCUUCGCCUACGGCCCCGUCAGCGGCAACGCCGCCCGUGCCACGACGCCCGACAUUGAAGAUGCCGUGCUGCCGCCCGCCAAGCGCCGCCGAAAGCUCUCGAGCGAGUCGCCGGUGAAACUCGUCAAGGAAGAGCUCUUGGACGACGUGAGCCCGAUUCGCGCGCCAGCCAAGACGACGACGGCGACGACGACGACAACGCCGAAGAAGAAGACGCCGCGCAAACCGGCGCGCAAGGCGGUCGAUCCGGCGACGGGCGAGACGACGGUGGCGCCGCCGUCGGACUGGGAGGAGAUGUACGCGCUGGUGCGCAAGAUGAGAGCGCCGGGCGGUGCGGCGCACGGCGCGGCGGUCGAUACCAUGGGCUGCGAGAGGCUGGCGGACCGCAAGUGCUCGGAGAAGGACCAGCGCUUCCACACGCUGAUUGCGCUGAUGAUGUCGAGCCAGACCAAGGACACGGUCAAUGCGGUGGUGAUGAGGAAGCUGCAGACGGAGCUGCCGGCAUUUAAACCUGGCGCGCCAGUGGGAUUGAAUCUGGACAAUAUUCUGGCUGUCGCCCCAGACACCCUGAAUAAGAUGAUCUGGGCAGUGGGAUUCCACAACAACAAAACCAAGUAUAUAAAAAAGGCGGCAGAAAUACUGCGCGACGAAUGGAACGGCGACAUACCAGACACGAUCGAGGGCCUGACGGCGCUGCCCGGCGUCGGCCCCAAGAUGGGCUACCUCUGCCUCUCGGCCGCGUGGGGCAAGACCGAGGGCAUCGGCGUCGACGUGCACGUCCACCGCAUCACCAACAUGUGGGGGUGGCACAAGACGAAAAACCCAGAGGAGACGCGCGCGGCGCUCGAGUCGUGGCUGCCCAGGGACCGCUGGCGCGAGAUCAACGGCCUCCUGGUCGGGCUGGGCCAGGCCGUGUGCGUGCCGAUUGGGCAAAAGUGCGGCUCGUGCGACGUUGGUCUGAAUGGGCUGUGCAAGGCGGCGGACCGGAAAAAGGUUGCGCUGGGGAGGGCAGAGCGGGAGACGGCCAAGCUCCAAGAUGAGGAUACAAGAGAGCUUGAGGAUAUCAAGCAUAUCAAGGAGGAAGGCCGUUGA